AUGGCAGUUCUCAUGCAGAAGGGCGCGGCUGGAAGGUGUCUCUUUUUGGUUUUGCGACGAUGCCGAAACGAGGAGCGCCUGGAAGGGAAGACGGAGCAACAUUCCAAUGACUGGAUGUCACCAGAAGAGGGGCAGGCGGUGGACGAGGGCGAGAAAGAAGAAGCCUUGCAGCAGGCCAAGAAGCAUCUGGAGACCGCCUAUGCGAAGCGAUCCAAAGUGCUGAAGAAGAUGAGCCAGGAUGGGGCGGGCGCUGAAGAUACCUCCGAACUCUUCCGCUGUGACCGCGAGAUUUCGGGGCGCCGGAACUUGGCGUUGCUGGCGAGCGUGGAGUACAUCUACGAGAAGGUGGCCUGGAAGCUGGAGAAGCUGCUUGAGCAAGCGACCAUUGCCGAGUGGGACAUUUCAGGCCGACGCCUGAAGCUCUUGGUCUAUGAGUUUGCCUUGUUGGACAAGCAGGUUGCUCCAUACAGGAUAUACCUUCAGCAAAAUCCAGAGGACGAGGGCGUCCGAGGAUUGGACCUGGACGAGCUGCAGAUGCUGGAGACGCAUUUCGUUCGCAUCGCCGGGCGGGUGGGACUACAGGUGGAGCGGAUCAACCAACGGCAAGGCUUCUUUGCGCUGGUUCGAAGACAAAAGGUCUCCCUGCGCAGCUUCUGGCAGAAGAUCCGCCGCGGCCUCGUCUUCCAGGCCAGUGGCGUGCGGCUCCUCUCCCAGGAUUUGCAACAUGCCUUGAAGCUCGUCCUCAAGGUGCUGUUCCUGAAUCACGCACUGCAACAGAGGGAGGUGAACGUUUGCCGCCGCGCGGUCAAGGACCUGCUGGUGCUGGUGCCCUUCCUCAUCAUCCUGCUGAUCCCACUCUCUCCACCAGGGCACAUGUUGGUCUUCUCUUUGAUUGUCAAGGUGUAUCCCGACUUCGUGCCCUCGCCCUUCACCGAGCAUCGUCAAAACGUCAUGCGCAUCUACAACGAAAUUAAGCCUGUGAGUGAGAAGCGAUCCCUUUGGUAA